AUGGAAAAGAAUAAUAAUAAUAAUGUUUUCGAAGUAGAUUUUAAAAAGAAUGACAAUGCUAAACCACCAAAAAGCGUUGAACAUCUUUUUGACCCAGUUCAAUGUGAUGAAUGGACAGAAUUAAAGCGAGAGGAACAAGGAAGUAGAGUUCAUGACCUAAAGAUGAAUUUGGUCUCUGAAAAAGCUGGAGAGGAUUAUCAACACUCCAAAGAUGUCACCCAUUCAACUGCAGCCAAGGACAAAGAAGAAACAAAGGAAAAGAAAAAGGAAUUUUUAGAAAACUUGGAUCAAGCUGAAAAUAAUAGAGAAGAAUAUCUAAACGAAAGAAAAGAAAAGGCUGCCGCUUUUAAUAAUCGUGCAAAGGAAAUUCAUGAUAAAUUAAAAGCUCAACAACCAACAAAUUAA